CCCCAGAAGAGCUGUUAGCUCUUAUCCAUAAAAUGAGUGAUAUUUUGUCUUUUGGAUUCCAAUUACAGUCAUCCUACUCACUUCAACGUCCUCACUUUUUUCUCUCUCUUCAACUCCAUUUUGUUCUGUCCUCCAUCUCCGUUGAUCUUCUUCAACCCUAGAAAGAAUGCAAGGGGCAGUUAGAGGUCUUCUCUUAAAUGGGAAGAAUGCGGUCUUGCAACACGUACGCUUGGGAAAUCAAGUUUUGAGACCCAUUGUAUUUGCACGCUUUGAGUCUGCUACACCUGCUCGUAUUGAUGAACAUGGUUUUGAGAGAACCACUAUCUCUGAUAUCUUGAAAGAAAAGGGUAAAGGGGCUGAUGGCUCCUGGCUUUGGUGCAAAACUGAUGAUAGUGUUUAUGAUGCUGUUAAGUCGAUGACACAACACAAUGUUGGAGCUUUGGUGGUCGUGAAGCCUGGAGAGCAAGAGGUAAUUGCUGGUAUCAUCACAGAAAGAGAUUAUCUCAGGAAAAUCAUAGUGCAAGGAAGAUCCUCGAAAUCCACCAAGGUUGGUGACAUCAUGACUGAGGAGAACAAGCUUAUUACAGUUACACCCGAUACCAAGGUUCUGAAGGCAAUGCAAUUGAUGACAGAUAAUCGUAUCCGACACAUCCCGGUGAUUGAUGGCAAAGGCAUGACAGGUAUGGUGUCCAUUGGAGAUGUAGUUCGGGCAGUUGUUAGUGAGCAUCGAGAUGAAUUAGACCGCUUGAAUGCGUUUAUACAGGGGGGUUACUAGAUGAUGACGAUAAUGUCUUUUUUUCUAUUUGUCAUAAAGUAUUGGUACACCUUUCACUAUGGGGGCUUUAUGCUUGUGAGUGUGUCCGCUUGUUUUAUGGUUGCUCAUCCCUGUGGACAUCGGAUCAGUGUCUGAGAUACUUGGGCACGUGUAAUGGGUUAUAUGCUAAUAAAAAUGUGAAACAGAUGAUAUGCCUCAUCAGGAGAGCAAAUGAUAUUAACGUAAUUUGUGCUUUGAUGAUUA